CCUGCAUCUCCUCCCUUCCGGAAGACCGUGUCAGAAUGCCUAAAAAGUACUCAAUCAAAUCGGGAAUUCCCCUUCUCGUCCCCUGCCUCCACCUUCGGGCCCUCGACUUCUUCCUCCGCCUCUGGCCGCCGGCCGGCACCAUGGGGGCAGAUCUCUCCGCUGAGAGGACGACUCUGGUCUCGAGUUUCCGGAGGGUGCGGUGGGUCUCCCUUUUCUUGGGGAUCUGGAACCUCGGCGUGGUUCUCUUGGGAGGGUUUUUGCUGCUCUCCGUCGUUUCCGGAUGCUCCGGCGAGGAGAAGCUCCCAUUCUCCGUGGUUUCCCUCGUCGCUGGCGUUAGGAUCGUGGCCAUGGUGGGCGCCGGGAAGGCGCAGCAGGAGACGGCAGAGACGAUUGUCAACCAUCCUAUCGAGAGCUCCAUCGCUGUUGAUGCCGUGAUUCGCCACGAGAGACGGAUGAGGUAUAAAAGAUGGCUUUGGUGGACAAGAUUUGGAAUGGCAGUCACUGUACUCCAGUUUGUUGGAGCCGUUUAUCUGAUGUACAUCAUUUUCAGCGAUUUUUCUUUUAAAGGAGGGUCUAAAUCAUGUUUUUUAGAUCAGGAUAAAACUAGUCGAGCAUGGAAGCGGUUUUUGGUUGUUUCUUUUCUUGUCCUAGUAUGGCUUGUUGUAAUCAUACAGUGCUUUACGGGUUCAGACAUAUUGCGAUGGAGGUCAUUUUAUGCAACUCAUGAUACUGCAUGGAAAGCUCAUUACCGGGAGGUAUUUGAUCAUGGAAUUCGAGAAGCUUUGUGCUGUCUAGGACGUGUGAAAUACCUGAGCGUCUUGGAAGAAGAUGAGGUCUCCUCUGUAGCAAGGCUCUUAGGAGAUCUUGUGGCAUAUCGUGCAUCUGGAACUGGACAUCUAGAACUCCUGACAGGAUUGGCUCUAUUGCAGAUGCAUAAGCAGUCACCAAAAUUGUAUGAUGAGCUCAUUGAGGCAUCUGAUGAACUUAUUCAAGAAGCUGCAGUCUUGCAUCUGUUUGCUGAAGCUGCUUACACAGGACCACUGCUUGAUUUUGGAAGGAAUCCAAUAUUGUUUCCUUGUGCAUGGCUUUAUAGGCAAGGGGUUUUAACUCCCUGGACUCGCAGCAGGCGUCCUGCACUUGAAGGUGAUAACUGGUGGCGAGGACAUGCUGCAGCCUUUCUAAAAUAUGUUAAUCUAAAUCCAGAAGCUCUUCGACAGGGGCGUGUUAGUCAAACAAAGCGUGAGGCUGCUUACUUUGUAGUGGUUUUGCAUGAUCAAAGAUCUAUAGUCAUUGCCGUACGUGGAACUGAAACCCCUGAAGACCUUAUAACCGAUGGCUUAUGUAGGGAGUGUGCUCUUACCAUGGAGGAUUUGGAUGGACUAUUAAAUAGCGAGCAUGUACGCCCAAGUGUGAGACAAAGAGUUCUCUCCUCUUUUCCACAUUAUGGACAUGCAGGGAUUGUUGAGUCUGCUCGUGAGCUUUUCAUGCAAAUUGAUGGUCACCCUGGAGUCAAAGAUGACUCAUCAUCUGAAGUGUCUGGAUUUCUCUCUUCUUUGUUGGGAGUGGGAUGUGAAUGUCAUGGAUAUCAAGUUCGCAUUGUGGGGCAUUCUUUAGGAGGUGCUGUUGCUACACUAUUGGGGCUAAGGUUAUAUCGACGAUACCCCAACUUGCAUGUAUAUGCUUAUGGAAGCCUCCCUUGUGUAGAUUUAGCUUUAGCUGAAGCAUGUUCAGACUUUGUUACUACCAUUGUAUACAAUGAUGAAUUUUCUGCACGCCUUUCCGUUAACUCGAUACUCAGGCUUCGUGCAUCUGCGAUCAAAGCUCUUUCAGAUAAUUCUUCGGCUGAUUCAGCAAUGAUACAGAAGCUUGCCUGUAGAAUUCUUCGUUUAAACAAAUACCAUGAGAAUGGGGAGCAUUUUGAUGCAUCUUCUCCAUCUUAUAGACCAAGUACCAUGAGAGUGGAAGAAAGUAAAAGUAUAUAUAAAAGAAGGCCCUUUAGGCCUACCAUUGAAGGGAGCAGCCAGCCUGAUCAAGAACUGCAUGAUCCACAUCAGGAGGAGGCUUCCUUAUUUGCCAAUUCAGGCUCUGAAAUUCUAAAAUUUGGUGGCAACGAGUAUACCAAUUAUGAUGUCAUUAUAGAUGGUCUUAAUGAAUGUAACUUUAGGGAACCGUGCCUUGAGAAAUCUGAUGUCAUUUUGUCAUGUGAGGAUCAAACUUCUCGGUUUUUGGAAGAUCCAACAUCUGUUCCAGUGUCACUGGAACCCCCAGAGGUGUUUCUGCCAGGUUUCAUCAUUCAUAUAGUUCGAGAACCAAGAAGCAUCAUGCCUCUGUGGAAAAACUGGAUUGUUCACGAUCAUAAGCCUGUUUAUAGAGCUUUUGUGGCUAAGAGAGAGAGAUUCAGAGAUAUCAUUGUGACACCUUCCAUGUUCAUUGAUCAUCUACCAUGGAGGUGUCACUCUUCAAUGCAAAGAGUUUUAGAAGCGCGCAAGUCUCAAGGCCAACUUACUGGUGAUCUACUCAAUGGAGAACAUGCAGUCCUCUGCAGUGAGCCGUUUCUUCACAGUUCACAAUCAUACAGCAGCAAAAUUUGGCCAUGGCACAAGAUUGCAGUCUAAAUGAUCAAUUGGCUCGCGAAAGGCAGGAUAGCAGCUCAAGAUUCAGACUACUUUUUGCAACAUCAGAUUUCCAGAAUGCUUCACUUAGCCUGUAAUCAUCGAUAAGAAUGGGUGUUGAAUGGUGAAUUAAAUUUAGCAACUCAUGACCAUGCUGCCAUUAGUAAAUAUGCUUGGUAUCAAUUUGCCUGAUGAAUAUAUAUAUUUUUUUAAAAAGAACUAAGAAAGUUUAUUAUGUUA